CUCUAGGCAUAUGCCUAGGAAUAUUAUUAGAGGGAGGUACUAUCAACAAUAGAGUAUUUCUGUAAUAAAAAAAAGUGUAUGCACAAAAGGGGCUGGCUGUUCAGGAUAUUUUCCUGGCAUUAUCACUUUGAUGUUAAAGAAGUGUUCUUUCUUUCUCUCUUUCUUCCUUCAAGCGAAAAGAAUGUUUUUUUGUGGGGAAGCUGUUUCUUUAGUGUAAUUGGGCAUAAAUUUAUGAGUGGAAGUUACUUUUUUCACGUAUUGAAAGUGUGAAACAACCUUUUUCAUUAUAUUUCUCAACGGAUUUGCACCCAAAAAAUCCUUUAAGCCGCCGACACAGCAUGUGUUAGCUGCUAUAUAUAUGACACUCCCCAGACACUACCAGACAGUACAACUGCUAGCUAGGUAGCUCAGUGUGGAAUAAACCACCAUGGCCAAAUCACUGCUCAUCUCAGCUGCUUUUAGUGCUUUUUGGUUAUCACUUCUGCUAGCAUGUCAUGGAGGCUACGGUUUCCGGCAGGCGGAUGUGGCUCAAUCUGAUUCAUCUUCUGCCACCGCUGCUCAGAUUGCUAGGCGGAAUAUGUUGGCCAAUGGUUUCAGCCUCACACCUCCGAUGGGUUGGAACAGUUGGAACCAUUUUGCUUGCAAUAUUGACGAGAACAUGAUAAAAGAAACUGCUGAUGCUCUUGUUUCAAGUGGUCUUGCUAAGCAUGGGUAUAGAUAUGUCAAUAUAGAUGAUUGCUGGGCUGAAAUCCAUCGCGAUGACCAGGGUAAUCUUCUGCCUAAGAAUUCAACAUUUCCCUCUGGGAUUAAAGCCCUGGCAGAUUAUGUGCACAGCAAGGGCCUGAAGCUAGGAAUCUACUCAAGUGCUGGAUAUUACACUUGCAGCAAAACAAUGCCUGGCUCUCUUGGCCAUGAAGAGCAAGAUGCUAAAACUUUUGCAAAUUGGGGUAUAGAUUAUUUGAAGUACGAUAAUUGUAACCAUGAUGGGUCUAAACCAACUGUAAGAUUUCCUGUUAUGACCAGAGCGUUGAUGAAGUCUGGACGCAGGAUCUUUUAUAGUCUAUGUGAAUGGGGUGAUAUGCACCCAGCCCUAUGGGGCUAUAAGGUGGGAAACAGCUGGAGAACCACAAAUGACAUUACUAAUACAUGGGACAGCAUGAUUUCAAGAGCAGAUCAGAAUGAAGUUUAUGCUGAGAAUGCAAGGCCUGGGGGUUGGAAUGAUCCUGACAUGCUUGAAGUUGGAAAUGGUGGAAUGACAAAUGAUGAAUACAUAGUCCACUUUAGUUUAUGGGCCAUUUCCAAGGCUCCGCUCAUUAUUGGCUGUGAUGUGAGAAAUAUGACAAAAGAGACGCUCCGGAUUCUUUCAAACAAGGAGGUGAUUGCGGUGAAUCAAGAUUCACAUGGCGUUCAGGCUAAAAAAGUUAGAAUGGAAGGUGAUAGUGAGAUUUGGGCUGGGCCCCUUUCAGGCUACCGUGUAGCUGUAGUGCUAUUAAAUCGUGGCCCCAUCCGUUAUGAGAUAACGGCUGAGUGGGAUGACAUUGGAAUUCCUCUCAAAAGCACUGUAAUUGCAAGAGACCUUUGGGAGCACAAGACCCUGAGGACAAGAUUCGUCGAGAACUUUACAGCCACUGUGAAUCCUCAUGCAAGCAAGAUGUACAUUUUCAAACCUGUUGGUUAGACUGCUAUAGUAGAAUAUACUAGAGCAAUUUUUCCUGAAUAAUACAGUCAAUUGACUCUUUUUCAAGAUUUCAUCUGAGAUGUAAAGGGACUGAUACUAGUACAAUCUUGUUUGUUUGGCAGCCAAAAAUGAAUUGGUUACCAAUUAACCAUCUUGGUUCAAUAAAAUUGCACCUGGUAUCUUUUUUCCGAAACUUGUUCUUGUUGUUGAUUAGUCUUUUGAAACUGUUGGCCGAAUUUUACAAUUAAAUUUGGGGUUUAAGAUUACUGUUGCAAACAAAUGUUCAAAUAGUCUGGGGGUAAUCUAAAGCUGUUUUCUGCCUUUUUUAAGUGCAAACAUGUUUAUUCUCCAUUAUUCUAAUACCGUAUAUGUUUACCUUGGGGGGAAUGUAUUUGAGAUAGAACAGGACCGGUUGUAUAGUUUUGGGAACCUCAACUCCUA